AUGCAAAGAAAUGAAUGUUUUGUUUGUGGUUGUAACGAUUUUACUGUCACUGAUGGUGCAUUUGUAUGUAAUGAAUGUGGAAUACAGUCUCAAAGUAUUAGAGAAGAACAAAUAAACUUUCAUGAAGAUGUUAAUCAGAACUAUGAAGAUCCAACACAUAUAGAUCAUGAAAUAACAACUGGAUCUCAACUAGAAAAACCUAAGAAACUUUUAUCCUGGGAAUGUUAUAAUUUUAUACUUUUAGGACUAACUAAUGAGUUGAUUGAACUUGGAGCUAAACCUAACUUAAAAAUUAUAGUGUUGCAAUUAUGGGUUCAAUAUUUGCAAUGCAUUGAAGUUGCGUUUACAUCAAAGAAAUUUAGGAAACUUCCAAAAUUAAAUACAACAAUAAUUGAUAUGGACUGUGAAAUUUUAUAUGGAGUUGAAAAUGUAAAAAAAAAAAUUCUACAAGCAAAAAUUGGCUUAGUGCAUGGAAAUAAAAAUAGGAGAUGUUCCAAUAAAAGAAAAUCAUUGACAUCUAGUAUUAGUUCAACUAUGACAGGCAUUAAUAAACGAAAUAGAUUUAGCCGAAAGAUAAAAAAAUUAGACCACUCUACAAGAGAUUCGAAUAAUGACUCAGUAGGAUUAUCAGAUGAUAUAAGUUUAUUGCAAAGAAGUAAUAAGUCAAGUAAAAUCAAAAUUAAAUUUAAAAAAAAAAUAAAAAAAUCUCUAACUUCAAUGCCAUCAAAGACUAAAGAUCUUACUACUGAAGAAUCGUUGAAACUUCUUCAAUCUGGCAGCAAAUAUUGGGAUAGUUUAAAAAAAAAAGAAAAACAGGAUGUUUUAUCUAUAAAAAAACUAAUGUCUAUAUUACAAUUAGCUCUUAUGGUCAAUGAUGAUGAUAUUUACCUAUCUGACAUACUUAGAUGGAGUCACGAAGGACAUUUGCAUAUAAAUCGUGUUAACUUAUUUUUACCAGGAAAUUCAAAGCACGGUAUUAAAUUUAAUCAAAUGGUGCCUUGUUCAAGAAGUAUGUUAAAUUUGGAAUUACAUGUGCUAUUGAAACAUGUUUUCAAAACUGAUCAACUACCUAGUGUUGAUUUAAAAAAAUUACUGAUUCGUUUUUCUGAUGAACUACAACUUCCAAAUGAUCUUACACAUUUUGUUUGCAAACUUGUGUCAAUAUCUCCUCCAAGUACAAAAUUAUGCAACCAAUUUUUACCAGACAUUGAAGUUAAAGUAAUGGCUUACAUACUUUUUGCUGCCAAAUAUUUAUUUUGUCUUGAUGGUAACUCAGAAAACUUAUCCUCAGAAUUUGCUGAAAAAAUUAACCAAUCAGAUAAAGUUGAAAAAAUAUUGUUCAGCUGGAAUGAUUAUGUGCAAUACAUAGAAUUUAGAAAUUGUAUCAUAUCUAAAUAUAGCUAUUAUCUGAAUGACAAAUUGUAUGGAAACCAUAUACACAACACCCAAUUAUUUAUCAAUGAUUGGAAUAUUAUGAAGCCAACUUUACCUUUAUCAGAAAGCGACAAAAUAUGCAAAAGCUUUAGGGACAACACAGAAUGUUUACUUAAAUCAUUGCCAGACUUUGGAAGAAAAGAAAGUUAUAGAGAAAUCCCUGCCUCAACUAAACCAUUGUCAUCAACUUUAAAAUGGAUAGUUGAGUACCAUUCAAUGGAAUUAAGUAAUGAAGCAAAAAGAGUAAUAGAAAAAAAUAUAACUCAAACUGAUAUCUUAUAUCUAACUGAUGAAAAAAGAAUCUAUGAUUUAGCUGACGAGUGUGGUGUACCUAUAGAAGUAAACUGCAGAAGUCCGUUACAUUAUACGAAACAAAAAGGUAUAGAUUCCGAUACCUUAGAUACUCCAUCAUAUACUUCUCAAUCUAAAGUGUAUUUAGUAAAUCAAGAAGUGUAUAAAAACAAACAGAAUAAAACUACAAAUAGUUCUUAUGUAGAAGAACCAAAUACAAUAUUUUUAGGAACUGGCUCAAAUUAUUGGCACAUCUACAUUAAUAAAAAAUUUUUAAAAAGAGCAGAAAUUUCCAAAAUAAAUACAUUAUUUGAAAAAAAAUUACCAUACUCAUUUGUAUGGCUCAUGCGUCAGUGUUGUAGAGUUAUAGAUUGUCGUAUGCCUGAUUUAUACUUGGAACUUAUGGAUUUGGAGAUACAAUUCUCUGAAUUUAUUCAACCAUGCGAAACAUCUAAGCAAACAGAAUGUGAAGAAAUGUUUUCCAACAUUACUUUAUAAAUCAGAUGAUGAACUAAGAAAAAAUUAUAAAACAAUAAUUGUCAUUAAUUUUUAUUUAUAACUUCAUGUCUUAUGAUUUUUAAAUUAUUGGCAUGGUAAUGUAUAAUUUGUUUUAAUACUUGACUGAUAUUUUUAUAAAAGCACUGUUUUAAUUUAUAAUAAAAAAUAAUCCAUUAUUAUUUAUUUCUGUUACUUUUCCAGUUUGUAUAGGUGUUAGUUCUAUAACUCUGUUCUCCAGAAGUCGGCCCACUCCUUCGACGAAAACCGGUGGCGACUGGCGGCCGCGCAUGUGACUGCCUCCUCGGAGCGCUAGUGGGGACUGUCACGACUGCGCAGUGUGCAAUAUGUUGUUUGCGUCGCGCCACAACGCCGAUCGCCGACCAAUCACAGACCAGUGGUCUCCGACCAAAGGGUUCUAAUUCUGAACGUUUCGUCAGCUCAGUGUACAUGCGUGGAAGUGGGUCAACUUUGAACUUACUGUGGACAGAGUUUUAGCAACUAUAUAAUAACUAUGUGUUUUUGAUAUAAUAUAUCGACUGAUUCUUUUAUUAC